CGUUUCCCUUGCAAAGUAAGCACACAGGACCACUUGGCCGCUGUGUAUCGUUAGGGGAGGGGAGGGCGUAAAGUUCCCUUACUCAGACCUCAUAAAAGACUCUCAAUAAAUACUUAAAAUACUCUGGUUGGUAUUUCAAAACUAUCUCUACUUGCUGACGCUCUUUUUGGUGGAGGUUUCCCCACCGUUACCUAGCAACCAGGCUCCGCCUGUAAGCUGUGAGCCAGCCCUGCUCCAAACGUUCAGCGCUGCGCCGCUGCCGUGCAGUUUGCAUUAUUGAUGAUGCCACAGACACCAAACCUGUUCGAGAUACCAUAUGUCAAGAAAGAAAGACCCAGAAAUACACGGCUAGCUGCAAGAUGAUGUCAGGAGCAAGAGGAUGGCUGCGGAUCGGAUCAACUUAAAACUAAUGUCGCACUGCUGAAGGACCAGUUCAUAACCCGAGUGAAGACAAAGUGUCCAUGGAGGGAGAACCAGAGGAAUCAGAUGAGGAUGUUAAGGGAGAGGACAAGCCCACUGUGCUCUGGGAGAAGUCCAUUCAGCAGAGCAUCUUUGUCGACCUAAGUGAGGAUGAAAGUCUCCACCUCAGUGAUUUGGAGAGUUCUUUAGCCUUACAUCUGUCCCAGGCAGAGUCUGCUGCCUCCGAAGCAAGCAUCCAUCUCAGUGGGAGUGCAGAGCUGUCAGCCUUGGAAGUCACCUCCUCUGAGUCCAGUAUUGUCAGCAGUCAGAGUGAGAAGGUGGUAGAGAGCAAGAGCAGCAUUCUGCAUGUGUCUGCCCAAAGACCAAACACCAUGCAAGAUGAGCCGCCCCUAAAGCAGCAGCAUGACGACCCAGAGCAAGAUACUAGUGACGAGGAUCAGGACGACCUACCUUACGACGGUGUCCUCGGAAGCCCCUACUUCGACCAGGCAGCUAAUUCUGAGGGCAGUAUGAGCUCUGAUGGGAGAGAAAUAGUUCAUGCAAGUCCUGAUGUUCCUGCUUUGCUUGAAUGUAAUACAAGAGAUAAAGAUGAUAUUAUAGAACGUUUGGGUUCUGUCGAGUGUAAUGCUGAGAAACCAGCAAGUUUGUCGCAAGAGGAUGCCCACACCAAACAAGACAGGUUUUUUGAUCCUUCCAAGCCGAGUGAGGUUGCCCCAUUAUGCCCUUGUCCUUCAGACAUUAACCAGUUGUUGCUGCGACACUUCUCCCAGGAGGAGCUGCUGUGGUCGGGUAGGCUGAUUGAGGCAGAGACCCUGCCGGAGGUGUCCCUACUGGAGAGCGUGGAUUACACUGUUUUUAGCUGUGCUCCAGCACACAACAGCACAAAGGUUAAUGGUAACCACUCAGAGAGCUAUGCUUGUAAUUCUCAGAUUGUUCAGAGUUUCUGCUCAGACAGGACUGAUGAAAAGUGUACAACUGCAUCAACAAUUUCAAGUUUAGAGGAAGAAGCAGAAAUGAAAAUUGAUAAUGCAACCUCUACUGCUUCUGACAGCUUUACAUCCAGCUCUGCAAGUGUACACUCAGAACAGGGCAGUGGGAAUACCAGUGCCGUAGACGUAGAGAAGCAGGAAAACCCCGAAGAGGAUGAUCAGAUUCAGAGAGUCCCACUUUUGCGCACCAGGUCCUUCAGCGAGAUAAAGUAUGGUCAAGGCCAAGUCCAUUACCCACUCCCGGACUUCUCCAAGAUUGCCCCCAAGGUGAAAAUCCCCAAAGCUCCAAGCGGACCAGUCAGCUCUGUUCCUCAGAGCCCCACUGGCAUGCACAGAGCCCAGUCCUCUCCAGGGAUGUUAGAGGUGAUCAACAGAGUCCUGGAGGAUUCAGUCCAUACAUCGGAGAAGCCCUACGUCUUCAAAGACGAGGACAAACAGUCUGCUCCAGCACUGGUGCAUCACCUGCAGGCUGAAUAUGAUAAAUUACUAACCAAAUAUGCCGAGGCAGAGAACCUUAUAGAUCAAAUGAGAAUAGGAACCAACGCUCAGCCCUCCUCAGAACUAAUGCUUUAUUUAGAGUGUGAUGAUGAUCAUCAAGGAAACUUAAUUGAGGGAAGCCAUCUUGGAUGCGUGGCUCCUCGCCUUCCCCCAUCAGAAAACUUAGGUGAGAAAAAAGAAACAAUCCCCCAGAGCAACAUUAAGGAGGUGAACCCAGCUCCCUCCAGCCAGCCUGAGGAGGGUCCCAGUGAGGGGGAAAGAAUGACUGCUGAGCUGACAGGCAUCAUCAGCCAGUUCAUGCAAAACGUGGAAGAAUUCAAAUUGAGUGUGAGCAGCAUGUCAGUGAGCACAGCAGAGCAGCAAAUGAUGCUGAGGAGUAUUAUGGAGGCUCAGGACCAAUUGGAAAGAGAAUACAUUAGUAAGAAGGAGGAGCACAGAGCUCUGGAGAUGCAAAACUACAUGGGCCUGUCCAGGAACACUGGCACCUUUGACCCAAACAGGCUGAUGGAGGGAGACAUAUUCAGGAUAGGGAUGCACCUUGAGGACAUAAAGGAGAUGAUAGAUAAAAACGUGUGUGAGCAGAUUUCUCCACCCCACUCAUCCUCCACUCCCAUGCCCAUGAAAGAGAUGGUGCAUGUCAAGCCCAGUCCUCUCUGCAUGCCCACACUCUCACCUCCACCCUCCCUGCAUGAGGGGCAAAGUGCAGGUUUUUCCCAUAUGGGUUAUAAGAUGGAGGCACGGAAAGAGGAAAAAAACAAGGAGGAAGUGGAGGAGGCUAGUGAGGUCCAUGGAGAUGAGGAAUUACAGCAACGCAGUGAACUCAUAACAACUGACUCUUUACUGAAAAAUACUCAACACAGAUACUGCCAUUCAAGGAGCUCACAGGGCUCUGUGGAGGGACUGGAAAUCCAGACAGCUGAAGCUGAAGAAGAGAGGAGCUCUGUUUCAUUAGAAGUGAUCGAUAACAGUAACAUCUUGGCAUACCUGAGUGGAAGCAGCUCAUCCUUGAGACAGAGGCAGUGGACACCCGACAGUCGUAGCACCCCAGACAGUGUCUUGAACCCAGCGGGUGAAUGGGAUCUGGGUGAAUGUGUGAGUCUGGCUGUGGAGGUCUCAUCUUCCUCUGAUGCACACAGAGACUCAGACACCCACAUUCUCUCUGAGCCUCCUCUCAACACCUCAUCUGUAUCACAGAGGAUUUUGAGCACGGAGACAGACAGUGGAUUUGGGAGCUCUUACUUGAAUCAAUCCACUUCUGGACCAUUUCAACCAAAUCUACUCACAGAAAGUGUGCACUCCCAGAACAAUGCUUUAAGUAGCACAGACAGUGAGGGCUCCUGCUCCAACCUGCAGACAGCCAUCCAUUCAGCCUCCCUCACCAGCCAGCGGCGGGUCAGUCCCCACCCAUCUGUCCAAACACAGUCCUGUGGUGCAGCAGCAGCAGCAGUGGAGCGGUGGGUGGAGAGCACCACUAAGGAGCCUUCAGUCAGGCUGCAGGGAUCUGAAUGCAGCCCGCCUGCCCAGCUCCAUCACCACGUAUCAGAACCAGCACUCAGCACCACCAUGGAUACAGAAGAGAGAGGCAGCCCACUGUACUCCUGCUCAUGUAAUAGUGAGGCUCUCCUGGCCUUGCAGUCAGAGGUAUCCCGGCUGAAGAAGGACCUGGAGGAAGGCUUGGUCCAGUUGCCUCACCUAGCAAAGAAGAUGGACUACCUCACCUCCAAAUACAGACAGGAUCGUCAGGAGCGCAAGUCUAAAACCAGACCCCGGACCCACCACAGACCAGCAUGCAACAGUGUGUGGAAGCCAUCAAGUGGCAGCACACAGAAUGUGAGCGAUCUCAGUUCCAGUCAGGUGAGGAUAGAGGACUGGAUCUCUUCAAACAUGGGCCCCAGCCACAGCAAAGGUACAGACAGUGGUGAAACAGCUGGCUCUGAGAUCAUGUUGCAGUUCCACAGUUCGCCUAUAGCGAGCAGGAGAGGCGGCAGCAGUGUGCGCUCAGCGGCAGAGUUUCAAUAUAAACUUCGUGAAGUGCUGCAAUCCAACAGAGGGUCAGAGGGAAACGGCUCAGUGAGAACCUCUCGUCUGAACAGCUCCAUUUUAAAAGGAGGGAAGGCUUCUGAUAGCCAUACCAAGCAGAGACUACAAACAGCCGUCACGGAGAGUUCUUACUCCAAGGAGGGGUGGUCUCUUUUCUCCUCUGCAUCUCUCCAGAAGCCUCUUCUCCAGGUCAGCUACGGCUCCUCCAGCAGCCUGCCUGCGAGCUAUAAAGUAAGGGAGCCGCCUCUGCAGUCCACGUCCCAUCACAGAAAGCGCUCCACCCAGUCAGAUUCGGCCCUCCUGCCCAGUAAUGUGUAUUUCCAGCGGACACCAUCCCCAGUAUCAAUGCCCUCAAAGACUGGCAGCAGGACAGGCAGACACAGAGGGAACGAGGAGGAAGACAUGAAUAGGACUCUAGACCAGGCUAUUAAGAUGGCCCGCAGCAUGAAGAGGACCACCGACCGAAUGGCCAAGAGACUGUCAGCGGACCUGGCUGAGACUCGAGUCCACAGGAGACAUGACAGCAUGCAGCCACCAGGGGGCAGGAAACACCACGAGUUAUAACGAGCACAGUACACACCAGUUUACUCUGCCAGUCACUGAUUUCCUGAUGCCUAUGUAGAACAUAUUUUUUUGAAUGCUAAGUUAUUUAAGGACCUGUUUAUGUUAAUUUAUUGUUGUUUUUUUUUACAUGGAUUGUUUGUGUAUUUAUACAUAGAAAAGUCUGAAAUCACACAGCAAAAAUAUAUUUUAUUAGAUAUUAUAACCACCUGUAUAUUGUAAGGUUUUUGGAUUUUUCUUAAAAAGCAUAUGUUUGUUGAUGGGCAGCAUUUUGUUAUUGCCUAUAGGUCCCUUAAGUGUUUAAAAAAAUUCUUCAGCAUCUCAGUUUUAUUCUGACCGGUGUGUAAAACGUAAUCAAAAAUACGUUACAGCCACUAUAGUGGGAGAAAAUGACUUUCUGACACAAUAUUUUUGAUAGCAGAAAAAAUGUGAUCCAGUUGUGACCUCUUGUUAGGGGUCAACAUCAGUCACAGUACAAUCAAUCACUCAGCAGAUGAAGCAAUAAACUUGAUCUUUUCACAGUU